AUGGGGAAAGCCAAGGAAAAGUUCAGGAGAGGGGAAACUUUUCUUGAGGCUCUCAGAAAGGUGUUGGAGAGGUGUUGGAGGAGUUGUGGGGAACAGGUGUUGGUUUAUUGGUUGAACUUCAGGUUAAAAACAGCAGGAACUGGGCCAAAACAGGGUGUUCAUCCAGAUUGCGCAUUUCUGGUGUUUAAUGACCUUGAUGAUAUUCCCUGCCUCACUCCAGAGAUAGCUGAAGCUUUAAAGGAUCUACUAGCAACGGUGGCGUUAGAGCAAUUCCCCCCAUGUGCCAACUUGGCUGCCUACCAUGCCAAACAAGUGACCAUCCAACCCAAAGACAUCCAACUCACCCAACAACUGAGAGGCAAACACUCAUGA